AAACAAAUAUAAGCGAACGAAAGUAAAAGUCUUCCAAAAGGCCUUCCAUGAAGCUUCCUUGAUGGAAAUCCCCAUGAGAUUAACACUAACUUAUUCAAAUGCCGGUCCAACAUGGGUUGAUUCUUCCCACCUUCUAAGAAAAACCCAACAAUCAAUUUGAGCUCUUUAUAAUGAGGAAUUGCAACAGACAUCAGACACCAUUGUGGAAUGCCUUAGCAGAUUUUCAUACUGUUCUCUGAGAGUUCAAUUUCCUUUUAAAUUCAAUUUCAAUUCUUUUCACAGAGCUCCGAAAAUGGUGCCGGAUGUUAUAAGAAGCAUUUCAACUUUUUAUGUUUCUCUCAUGUCUAUGUUCUGGGAAAGUACGCUAUCUCUGGCCCUCAGUUGGCUUCUGCAAUUCUACUCUGCUUUUGUUCAUGAUUUUGCAAUUGAGAUUAUCAAAACAGCGUUUUUUGGACUAUUAAUUGCAAAAGACUCAGAGAUCAUGCCCGAUGGAGGAUGCCCAGCUUCUGAAUCUGUAAAAAAUGAGGUGGGUAGUCUUUCUGAGGACGAAAAAUGGCUGGAGAAUGUGAAAAAAUGGGAGCUUGCUAGAAUUUUCUGUGCUUUGGACACAAACAGAGAUGGCAUGGUGAGCGCAGAUGAUAUACAAGGCUUGUUGGAGAAGUUUGGGCUCCAUUUCUGCUGUGAUGAAAACAGGAAAAUCUUGAUGAAUUUUCCAGAACAUAUGAACUUUGAUGAAUUUUGCAGAGCUUGUCUGAGUGUUUUAGAAGAGGCUCAAUCUUCUGAAAGCACACAAGAGGUAGAGGAGGAAGGGGAAUUGAGGGAAGCAUUCUGUGUUUUUGACAAAGAUGGUGAUGGUUUCAUUGCCCCAUCUGAGCUUCAACAAGUCCUGCUCAGCCUGGGUUUCAGAGAAGCAAAGGAGUUGGAGAAUUGUGAAGUAAUGAUAACAAGAUUUGACAAGAAUUGUGAUGGUAGGGUAGAUUUUGAGGAGUUUGAGAACAUGUUUAACAGACACUAAUAGAAAUUUUUAAUUGAGAAUUUUGUCUUUUGGACUGAAAACUCUUUUCAGAUUUUUGAACUUUAUACUGAUGGAUUGUAUUAGGAAUUGUAAUAUUGCUGUAAUCUUCAUAAUUCAAUGGCAUAGCUCCACGAA